GUCAGUAGUCGUUGAAUCUCCAGCGGGUUGCUCAUUUUUUACGUCGUAAAGUUUAGCUUUAUAGAAGUGAAAACCUAUACGUCACGAAUGGAAUAACAUAAGUCACCAUAAAUCUACAGGUCGAUUUUUACAAUAAUCUUCUGAAAUCGACAAAAUGAGCCGCAAAAGGAAUCUUGACAAUGGGCCAGGCCCGAUUCCUCAACGGUGGCUGCACUGUCCUCGAAAGGCCUUUUCUACAGUCGGAGAGAAAUUUUUAGCGUUUAAAACUCCACUAGAUGCAAGAUACGAUAAUCAAGUCGACGAUGAAUAUACUUUUCACCCUGAAAUGGUAUUUUCAUCAGCCAAGAAUAUGAAGUUGAAACUUGGGCUCUGGAUUGAUCUUACCAAUACCAGCAGAUUCUACGACAAGAAUGUAGUAGAACAAAAUUCAUGUAAAUAUGUUAAACUCAGCUGCAAAGGACAUGGUGAAACUCCCAGCCCUGAAACAGUGAACCUGUUCAUCAGGUUAUGCACACAAUUCAUCUCGCAGAAUCCUACACAAAUUAUCGGCAUCCACUGUACCCAUGGCUUCAACCGAACUGGCUUUCUCAUUGUUUCAUACUUGGUACAGGCCAUGGACUGGUCAGUGGAAGCUGCAGUCAAUGAAUUUUCUAAAGCAAGACCUCCUGGAAUCUACAAGGAAGACUAUAUCAGAGAACUAUUUACUCUUUAUGGUGACAUAGAUGACGCCCCACCUGCUCCUGCCUUGCCAAUGUGGCAUUGCGAGGCUGAUGAUGAUACCCCCAGCAAAGAAGAACCAGAAGCUGUUGAUGACAACGAAGAUGAUGACCAAGCCGGCGGCAGUACGGGUGACAAGAAGAAAAAACCACGACGAGAAGUGGCUCAAACCAAAGCCAUAUUCAUGGAAGGCAUCCCCAACGUCAAGCCGGUAACCGAUAUGGAGAUUACAACCGAAGUGCAAAAAAGGAUCAAAAGUCUCACGGGGUUCAAAUCAUCUGGAUUCCCUGGUUGCCAGCCAGUUUCCAUGGAUAGAAGGAACAUUCAACUGCUGAAAAACCCCUACAUGGUGUCAUGGAAAGCAGACGGCACCAGGUACAUGAUGUAUAUUAUGGGACAAGGACAAGUCUACUUUAUAGACAGAGACAACGCAGUGUUUCAGAUCGAGGGUGUGUCGUUCUUCUCUUCGCAUGAUGGCAAGCGUCAUUUGGUUGACACGUUAGUAGACGGUGAGAUGGUCAUUGAUAAGGCUGACGGGAUGCGCCAUCCGCGCUAUUUGAUUUACGAUCUCGUCUCUCUGGAAGGGAAUCAAGUUUUGCAAGAACCUUUUUCGAUCCGCUAUCGUACGAUCAUGAAGGAAAUUAUUGAACCUCGAGUGGUUGCCAUGAAAUCGGGACGGAUUAUCCGAGAACGUGAGCCGAUCGGCAUUCGACGUAAAGAUUUUUGGGAUGUGCCAGCUACCUCCGCUCUUUUAGGAGAGAAGUUUAUGAGAAAACUUGGGCACGAACCUGAUGGUCUCGUUUUCCAACCUAUAGAAGAGACCUAUACACCAGGUCAGUGUCCUUCCGUCUUGAAGUGGAAACCACCUUCUCACAAUUCUGUUGAUUUUCGACUGAAAAUUGUUAUCGAAAACCGUCCUGGGAUGUUGCGAGAACGUCUUGGACAUUUGUUUGUCGGAGGGAAGAAUGACACUCCCUUCGCGAUAAUGAAAGCUACCAAGGAGAUGGUCCCCCUUGACAAUAAAAUUAUUGAAUGCCGAUUUGAAAUGAAUAACGGCAAUGGAAAAUGGGUCUUUAUGAGACAACGAACGGACAAAAGCUUCCCCAACAGCUUUAAUACUGCUACAGCUGUCUGUCGAAGUAUCAGUGAACCGGUUACCAAGGAGAUAUUAGAGGACUUUAUUCUAAAUCUGAGGGGUAUGCCUCCUCCUCCUCCGCCCCAGCGAAGACCGCAUUAGCAGCUAAUCUUCGUGGUCACCUUUCUUCCUCAAUCAUGGUCCUCCUACACUAUUUUCCCUUAAACGUCGCUCAGUUUCCCGCCAACUGUUUUAUACAUUCUAGAAGGUGUUCCGAGGUGCGACUUUCAAAUUAAACAGGGAAAGACAAAUAAAUGGUUAAUUUAACCCUGAAGACAA